AUGUCGGUGGCCGCGAGUAACCUGCCCAUGCGGCUGCUCCGCAGGAAGAUUCACAAGCGUAACCUGAAGCUGCGGCAGCGCAACCUGAAACUGCGGGCGGCAGAGGGGGCAGGUAUGGCGGGGAUGGCGGAGACGCUGCCGGUCUGGGCGCCCGCGGGUCCGGCCCGGACUUUGCAGCCUCCACUGGGAGAGCCGGCACCGCAAGGCCCCCCGGAGCAGGAGGAGGAGGAGGCGGCGGCAGCUCCUGAGGCAGAGGCUGCAGCCUCGGAGGGCGUGGAUGCUGCCGGCACCAGUGUCGAGAAGAAGAAGAAGAAAAAGAGGAAAGCAGUGGCUGCUGCUGAAGAUACGGAAACUAAAAAAGCAAAAACUGAAGAUGAAUCUGUGGAGGUAGAAGAUGAAGAUAAGCAGGAUUCUGGAGAGCAAGAAGUGGAGGAGAAGGAGGAAGAGGGGGAGGAGGAUGAAGUGCCCAGUUUACCACUAGGUGUAACAGGUGCUUUUGAAGACAAUUCUUUUACUUCCCUGGCUGGUAUUGUCAGUGAGAAUACACUGAAAGGCAUAAACGACAUGGGUUUUACACACAUGACUGAAAUUCAGCAUAAAAGUAUUAAACCGCUUCUGGAAGGCAGGGAUAUUUUAGCAGCUGCAAAAACAGGCAGUGGCAAAACACUUGCGUUUCUUAUUCCUGCAGUAGAGCUCAUCUACAAGCUCAAAUUCAUGCCUAGAAAUGGAACGGGUGUUAUUAUUCUUUCUCCUACUCGAGAGCUUGCUAUGCAAACCUACGGAGUUCUUAAAGAACUUAUGAAUCAUCAUGUUCACACCUAUGGUCUGAUAAUGGGGGGCAGCAACAGAUCAGCAGAAGCACAGAAACUUGGAAAUGGAAUCAACAUCAUUGUAGCAACACCUGGAAGACUGCUGGAUCAUAUGCAGAACACUCCAGGUUUCAUGUAUAAGAACUUGCAGUGUUUGGUAAUCGAUGAGGCAGAUCGUAUCUUGGAGGUUGGAUUUGAAGAAGAAAUGAAACAGAUCAUAAAACUUCUACCAAAGCGCAGGCAGACGAUGCUUUUUUCCGCUACACAAACCAGAAAAGUUGACGAUCUGGCAAAGAUCUCUCUGAAAAAAGAACCGCUGUAUGUUGGGGUUGAUGAUAACAAGGAGACAGCCACAGUAGAUGGUCUUGAACAGGGUUAUGUAGUGUGUCCAUCUGAAAAAAGAUUCCUUUUGCUCUUCACAUUCCUUAAGAAGAAUCGGAAAAAGAAACUAAUGGUAUUUUUUUCUUCGUGUAUGUCCGUGAAGUACCACUAUGAAUUACUCAAUUACAUUGAUCUACCUGUUUUGGCCAUUCAUGGCAAGCAGAAACAAACCAAACGUACUACCACAUUUUUCCAGUUCUGUAAUGCAGAAUCUGGAAUACUGUUGUGCACUGAUGUAGCUGCCAGAGGACUGGAUAUUCCUGAAGUUGACUGGAUUGUCCAGUAUGACCCUCCAGAUGAUCCAAAAGAAUAUAUUCAUCGUGUUGGUAGAACUGCCAGGGGCAUAAAUGGUAGAGGACAUGCUUUGCUCAUCUUAAGACCAGAAGAACUGGGCUUUCUUCGUUACCUAAAGCAAGCCAGAGUACCACUAAGUGAAUUUGAAUUUUCUUGGUCAAAAAUUUCAGACAUCCAGUCUCAGCUGGAAAAACUGAUUGAGAAGAACUACUUCCUUCACAAAUCAGCCCAGGAAGCCUACAAAGCUUACAUUAGAGCUUAUGACUCCCAUUCUCUGAAGCAGAUCUAUGAUGUCAAUAACUUGGAUCUUUCCAAAGUCAGCCUUUCAUUUGGUUUUAAAGUUCCUCCGUUUGUGGACCUCAAUGUGAACAGCAAUCAUGGCAGAAGGCUACAGAAACGAGGUGGUGGUGGGGGAUUUGGUUACCAGAAACCGAAGAGCGUCCACAAAGCCAAAAUCUUCAAGCACAUUAGCAAGAAAUCAGACAAUCGGCAGUUUUCUCGUUAAUUAUAUAUUGAUUAAAAUGGCUUGUGGCAUUGGAAUAGACUUAUCUUGAGCAAAACUGUCUGACAGUUACUUCCAAUUUAAACUGCUCUGUUCACAGUUUUAGUGGUCUUUAUGGUUUUGUUUCUGGGAACAUCUUUUAUCUUUCAGUUCAGGAAGACUUUGGAAAGGAGAUUAAAGAUAGAAAAGCAGAAUAUGACUAAUUUUUCCUUGUUUGUUGUGAGGAAGAAGAUACUGGGACAUAAUUAUCUUAAGUCAAUACUACAUUUUUUAUUAAAGAAAAAAUACUUCUGGGUUUUAUAGAAGAAUUUGCUUUACAGUUAUCCUUUUUUCUCUGCACACUUCUGAAAAUUGUUGGAGUAAACACAGGUUACAACAUGAGAUGGAAAAAAAAAUUUGUUCACAUGGAUCAUUGCAAGGGUGUUAAGUGCUACAGAACUCUGCUCUGUCUGUCAGAUAUGCUGAAGAAUAUAGAAAGACUCCUUUAGAACUGAAGGUACUUAUGAAUACUUAAGGCUGUGUGAGCUUGUGAUUAAUUUCUGUCAUGGUAUCUGUAUAACAAGUACAGUGUCCAAGACAAAUUCUCUUAUACCACAUUUGGAACAUGCUUAAUACUCCUUAUUUUAAUGUUGUGAUAAAAUUCUAUCAUUCUAAUGAAAUGUUUGGUUUUCCUUCAUGUUCUCUUGAAAUCUGAAUUUAUCCAUCUGGUAAUAUCUUAUGCAGUCUCAUGAAUAUGCAAAGGAAUUAAGAAAAGCAGAUUCAUAAACUGAAGUACUCAUCCCCGAUAAUUUUUUUUUUUUUAAAUGCUCCAUAACCUUGAUGCUGUGAGAAUUUUUGCAGUCGUAUCGUUUAAAUUACAGAAGUGAAUUGCUUUCUAGUCUUGGUUUAUCAGAUUAGCAGUGGGCAAAGUCAGAUGCUACCACAGGAUCAAGAAGGUGGAGAGAUUCAGUGAGUGAAAAACUGAAAUGGAGUAUAAAUAUGCUAGAAAUAUACGUUAAGGGAGAAAUGUGAAAGACUGAAAUGCAAGAGAGUGGAAUAAACAUUACAAACAGAAACACGGAAACUAAGUGAAAAAAGACACAAGUUGGGCAAAAGUAGAGUAAGUGUAUUACAUAUAUUAUUUUCACAUCUCUACCAUUGUAGAAAUAGGUAACUAUUCUUAUGAAGCUACAGUGGUGGUAGGCAAUAGUAUUUAAAAAAUGUAUGUCUGUCAAUGCAGGGAAAGACUAAAAUGUUACAGAACCCAGAAAUCUGGGCACCAUGUGAUUACAGUAAAAGGGCUUUUAAUUUAUAUCUAAAAUGUAACCCAGGCCCAGUUAUGAAUACAAAAGUAUUUGUAGCAAUCCCAGUAUAAAGUUGUUAUUCCUUAGGUCUUUUGAAGUAGCAUGGCAGAUUUAAAAUAAGGCAUGCAUUGAAGUAUUGCAGAAAAAGUUGGUGAACUCUAUUUUCACCCUUAGAGAAACUAGGACGUUUUAGGAAGAAAAUAGUAUGACAAUUCGGUAGUGCUUCCACCAUUCAGAACUGAGAGUGUUGCAAAACCAAAAACUUUUGGUUUUCAUUUGUGAAAUGGCUAACUUUAGUGCUAAUUGACUUCAAGACUAAAUUAGUUAACACUGGUCAGGUAUUAAGAAUUUCUGAUAUGUCAAAAUAUGCAAGUAAAUUAAUUUUGUUAGUAGGAUUUGAAUGUCUUGUGCUUCCAGGGUUGCAAUGAAAAAGCAAAAUCUCUGAAGGAUAAGCAGUGCUAAGUACAUGAUGCCUGGCUCACUGAGUUCUAAUCCUUGAUUCUGGGUUUGCUUAUAUAUUUAUAAAGAAUAGAUGUCAAUAUAGUUCUUAUGCCUGUUUAUUAAUACUAUAUUAUCUAUGAGAUCUACAACGUCAUACAGUGAGUGGUUCUGCCUAUACCUGCAAGCUAUGCGGUUAGAGUACAGGAAUUACAUUAUAGUGAAAUUAACUGAGGGACUCAUUAGAUGAACUGCAAAAUUAAUUACUUGGGACGAGACGUAAGCACUGCUGCAGUAAACCAUCCAAAAGAUCACAGUGAUUGUGUGGGCACAAGCAGUGUGAAUGGAAGUAGUGUGGAGUACUUGUUUGGACCAGGAAAAAGCUGAGAUGAUGGGCACAGUCAGUCACCACCUGUCUGACCAUGUGCUGCAUAGUCAGAACUGGCUGGGCUUAAAAGAACACCAGAAUUCCUGCUAUUUCUCUAUGUAGGCAAAAAUCUGCUUCAUGGAGAACUGUUGGGUUUUUCUUGCUGUGACUCAUCAUUCUGGGAGCAGAAAGCUGAUUGCUUUCCCAGCAGCUAGACAACUUCCAGCUACACCUAAUUUUAAGUUUGGAAGAAUUAAGACACUGUCAGUUUCUGAAGUCUGACAUGAGGAUAGCUGAAAAAUAGGUAUUUGGCACGAGUCUGCACAACUCCCUGGUAUUUUGGCUUUUCACUUUCUUGUAUACCCUAAUACAAAGAAAUCUUUGAGGCUAAGUGGUUACUGAAAGAGAAGGGCUUUAGCUUCCUGGUUUGUGCAGGUACAGUUACCUUUCUCUUUGUUUAUGGAAUCAUAAAUGAAAAAUAGUUUCUGAUGAAAUAUCUCUGUGAUUCAAGUAGUAUCUAUUCUAUGGUAUUGCAGGAAGUUUAAAAGAUUGUCAAACUGAUUGGAAAUCUAAUGUUUCACUUGCAACCUACCCUGUUAUCAAUCUUGCAAGCAGUUAAUAGACCUCAGCCAUCAGACACUCAAGGCUUGUCUCAUAAUGGUGACUGAUAGGUUGGGGACUAAUAUUGUGUGCCUUGAGAAAUUGCCUUCUUUCUCUGAGAACCUUGACAAAGAAAUUGGACUCUUUAAACCACUUAGGAGGAUGAUCAAAACUGCCCUGCGUGAACUGGAAGAUUUUUUUGACACUUCUUGCAACGGGCCAAUAAAGGAGAAUUCCAUUGCUGAGCUACUACUCAUAAUCAUGAAAAAUUUUGUCAUGGUAUGAGUUUCCUAUGCCAUAAUGCUGCCAAGUUAUAGACGAGCAUAAGACUAGUCAGAAAGGGUUGCCAUCAAAUUUUUCAGGGUGAAUGUCACAGGUAGCAGGCUAUGUUUAUUGAUAGAGCAAGAAUACUUGAAAACCGGAUAAUAUCUACUUAGGUCUGCUGUAAACAAGAAGUAUGUUUAUAUUUUGGCAGUAAUUAGCCUUUUUCUUUGAUUUAUGAGUUGAUAAGUAAGCUACCAAAGCUCUGGAUGCUUCCAGUGAUUUGCUUUCAAGCCAGUAAUCUAAGGCUCAGAGGAACCAAGCUCUGACAGGAAGGCUUAAAAGAACUAUGUGAUUAUAAAAAAAAUAACUUUUGAGUAGAGGUCACCAAUUUCUUCCCACUGUGAAGAAAGACAUAGCAGUGGCAGGGUACACCAUAGGUCUGUGACUUGUGUUUUUAGUUCUACUGCUGUCCUGUUUAGGAGAUAGUUGUGCAGUUACUUCAGCCCCCAAAACUUAAAAGAGAUUUUAUAGACAUCUAAAAUCCUAACAACUUGUAAAGACCCAAUUAUUAGCCCUUAAAAGGUGUGAGGAUUUGGUUUGGUUUUCCAGACUGAAAUAAUGCUAGAAGAAGCCUAGAAUCAACUGAUUAGGCAUACAGACUAAAAUCUGUCUCUGAUCUUGACUUUUGCUCAACUAGCUUGAUUUCCCCAGGAUUUUAGUUGCUUGGCUUGAGAGAAGAAUUCACGCAACUGUUUCCAAUGCUUUUGUUUGCUCUAGAUUUGCAGAAGAUGCUGAGCCGUGUAUAAGAAUACAGCCUCUUGAACUGGAAUGCUCUUUUCUUCUAAAAAAUUUGCUAGCUUGCAUCCAAGUCAUAAAUACUGUAAUGUUGCUUGUGUCAAAUCUCUUUAUUGCACAGCCCUGUCAGGAAGAGAUUACUUUUUUUUUCUCCUUGUAGCCACCACGAUAAACUUUUAAUAUGGAGUUCUGAGGAGAGGUAGAGGAAGGAUGCUAUUAAGAAAAUGGAAGACAAAUGGAAAAUUGGGGUGCUGUCUAGGCACGCACUCACUUUGUUAUAUCGGUGUCGUCCAGCUUAAGAACUGCAUUCACCUUUUGAAACGAUGUCUGAGCAUACUCUACAAUAGCAAUGCAUCUUCCCAAAGACUUAUGUAAGCUACAAUACUGAAAAACAUAACCCUCUACUGUUUAUGACCAGUUGGUCAGAACUAAAAAGAAGAAAAUUAUAGGCUCUGCAAAAUUUUCUAUAAGAUAUAAAUAGAAGGAAAAAAUAUCUUCCAAACACUGUUCUUUUUUCGGUUGUUAUCUGAAGAUGUUUAGCCGCUCAAGGCUUUCUGAGCUUCUUUGUGAGUGGUUGCAAUCACCUAUGAAUGUUGAGAAUUGCGGGAAUAGUAAAUGUGUUACUCUACAUAACUAAGCCUAUGUGUUCCCUCAGCGGCUGACAGAUCAUGUGAAUUUGUAGGAGCUAUUGAGUCUUCCUUCUAAGCUCUGGAUAAGCGUUCUUGAUAUACUGUCACUUCUAAUUAAUAAAACUCUUUCUGAAUGGGAAGAGAAAAUGGACUUGAGUAGCAGGUAAGUUCUGACCAAGACCUUGCCUUGUUAUUAAGAGAACAGAGAAUGAAUUU